GUGAGUUGGCUGCGGUGAAUUGUCCUAUUCUGUUCUGGAGUACACUCUUAGAUAACAACAAACAGUGUUUUCUUUUUCACUCGAACCUCUACAAAGAUGGCUUCAAGAUUAAUAUGGAGAUGCAACAUCAGAAAUUUUAGUCAUACAAUGACUUCAUCAAUCAUUUACUUACAUAUGAAUCAAUUCUAUUCAGAGUUUGCAUGGCACAUUACACUGCAAGUUGUCUAAUUGAGCCAAGUUCACUGUAGUUUACAUGGUGCCCAGAGGUGGGAUUCACUUGCCUUUCCUACCAGUUUGCAACUGUGAGUGCACAUGCCUCAUCUGCACAUGCGCAUGACCUUCUACACAUGCGCAGUGCUGGCGCAUUAGGUCGGGGCAGAUGGGCAGAACCUCCUACAGCCACCACUACUGGUUUGCCCAAACCUGACAGAACUGGCUGAACCCCACCUCUGAUAGUGUCAUGCUUGGAUAGCUGUGUGAAAAAGAGAAUGGAAGAAUCUUGUGGCAUAUCCACAAUGCAAACUCGCAAUACUUUUCUUCCUCCAGUUGGUAGCCUCUGGAAUAUGUUUGAACUAUAAUUCCCAACAUUCUUAACAUGUUGGGAUUUGUAGUCCCUCUCCAGCUGAACCAAGAAUAGAGUCAAAAACAUUUGAUUUCCAAAUCAUAGGUAACUGUACUGAGCAAUAAACAUGCUCAAUGGUAUGUCUUGUUUUUACCGGUAAUUGCUAAAUUUUACCCUUAGUAUUCCAUUGCACUCAAUUCCUUGCUUAUUCUUUCCACUCAGUUCUGAGCCUUCCCCAGCAGAUGGCCUUGUAGAUUUUUAAAAAUUCUUUUUCCUCCUUCCUGAAUUAGACAAGAGAGUCAGCUUGGGAAGCUGUUAGCAGGGUUAAAAUGUGAUGAUUUUCUGUGAUUCUGUGACUCACAGAUUUUGGGGGAAUACAUUUACAGGGAGUUCCCUUCAGUUUAUUUACCAGGGAGGCAAAAGGCACAGCAGACUGCAGUGUUGGCUGCCAGCCUGAUCCAGCCAAGAGAAUGGCAGGCUUCUGCAGAGGUAAAAUAGCUGAUUCCAUGCCAAGCGGUGCCUGUGGAGAUGGUGAGGCUUAGGCGGGAAAGAAGGAUUGAAGGAUGCCUACUGCACUCCAUAUGAUUAGAUCACACUGCAGAAGAGGGUUCAGUCAGAAGCCCCCUCUGACCACACAUCCUGCCAGAUAUUCCAAGGUUAUCCCUCCUGGAGUGACAAUCUUCAUACAAUUUUCACUUCCACACUCAACUGGGGAACUGGUCGCUCACUUCAUUAAGGAGCCUGUCUCCUUGCCGGUCAAGCUUCAUAGUAAUUAAUCAAGCCUAAUUAUCCUUUCAGCAGAGAAAUGCAGAUACAGCAUCUGGGAGAUCUGGAUGGACCUGUGCUGUCUUUGGAUGCCGAAACAACGGCCACUUCAGAAGGAGAAUCAGAAAGAAUGGUGAAUGAAAGAAGCCAAAACUCUGAUGGCAAAGCCAAACUUUCUGUGGUGGGAUCCCAAGAGCUGGCAAAGAGGAGCAGAGUCCAAGCAGUGUGUUUCAAAGAUAGUGGUGACAGCUACGAAGAAUCAGAUUCUUCUGAAGAUGAAUUGAACACUUCACAAGUGGAGGUUUCUGUGCUUCAGAGGCUGGGCCUGCAUAGGGCAUCUCUGACAGAGCAAGAUGUGGAGGCAGCUUUUGCACAUUUAGCCUUGGCUUUACCGCUGCGAUAUGUUUACCCUGAGACAGCGAGUACAGAUAGAAGAACGAGCCCGGAACACAGCAGAAGAGAAUAUUCAAGAAGAGUUGGCAGAAUGUCAGGCAGUGUUGCAGGCAAAGUUGGAUCAGGCCUGUUCGGACCCAGGCAUAAGGAACUGGUUGAACAUUUACAGAACAGCCUAGCAAUUCUGACAAGGACAAUUGAAAGGGCAACAGGUGCUGCAGAGAAAUUAGGAGCUGUCCAUCAGGAGGCCCGCAUGAGUCGAGCUGCAGAACUGAUGGUGCAACAUGUGGAGAACCUCAAACGGCAUCACCUGAGGGAGCAUGCAGAGUUAGAGGAUAUGAAGAGGCUGAUCCAGCAGAAUUCCCGAAACUGGCAGUUAACUGAAAACAAGGAUGAUGGUGAGCAGAAACUGAAAUAUCCCUUAGCGCGAUUUUUUCAGCAGGGCUCAGCUCGGCGUCGAGUCAGCAUUGCAGUUGUACCCAGGCAGCUAACGUUCCAUAGCUCUGAAAAUGAGGAAGGCCUUGAGGGAGAAGUGGUUAAACCAUCAAUAGACAAAGAUGAAAGUCCACAAAGACAGUCCCAUUUCUCCCAAGAAGACCCUGCAGUGAAUCACCUGAUCCUGCAAUCCAAGCCCUUCCAGCUUCUCAAAGCAAAGCCUUCAAAGAGCAAAGAGCAGCCAUUGUAUCAGAGAAACAAGCCAUUGUGCAGAAGGGAGAGAUUCAGAACUUAGGAGCAGAAGCCACACUAGCAAAACUCUAGAAAAUGACAAUGAAGGAUUGGAUACUGAAGAGGCAAACAAGGAAUGUGAAGAAUUGGAAGAAAAUGCUCUGCUGUGAGUGAAUAUUGUCUUGUAUUCUUAUCACAUGUGGUGGCCUCUUAGCAAGGAUUUAAAAGUUUUGCCAGGGUGAGAAUAGAUACUAGCUCAGAUGGGUUUAAAGUAGGAAUGAAGGAAAAAUGGACCCAUGGGUGAAGUUACAAACAGUAGGUCCAUCAAUGUUCAUUGUAGUAGUCACAAUGGCAAUACAUGACCAACGAGUGCAAG